AUGGAUAAAAUCAAUUUAAAUAAUAAAAAUGAAAGCGAAGAUGAAGAUAAGAGAGAUGGUUCAAAGUAUAAAAAAUAUCAAAAACUAAAUGAUAGUGGAAAUGAAAUUCAACAAAAUGAAAUUGAAAAUAAACAUAAAAAUGAAAUUAAAUUAGAAAAUAAUAAUAUCGACAAUAAUAUCGACAAUAAUAAUAAUAAUAAUAAUAAAAAUAAUAAUAAUAAUAAUAAUAAUAAUAAUAAUAAUAAUAAUAAUAAUAAUAAUAAUAAUAAUAAUAAUAAUAAUAGUAAUAAUAAAAACAAUAAGACUCAGAAUGAAAAAGAAAAUGAAGAGGAGGAGGAGGAGGAAGAAGGAUCAAUCAGAGAUGAUAUAAAAGAUAUAAAAUUAUCAAAUAAUGUUAAAGAAAUUGAAAGUAAUAACAUAAAUAAUGAUAAAAAACAACAAGACCAACAAAUAGAAAAAACAAUAAACAAAUUUAGUACUACCACUAAUAAAGAAGAAACUAAAGAAUCAAUAAUAUCAUUUGGCUCAACAAUAAAAAAACAAAUGUCACCUCCUUCAACUUUACCACAAAAUUCAACGUCCACCACCAACACAACAAAAGUAACCAACAAUAAGAGACCAAUAUUAUUCAGUAGUAGUUCAUACUCUGAUGAUGACGACGAUGAUGUAUAUCCACCUCAUACUUAUAACAUAGAUCAAUAUGAUGAUUCAGAAGAUGAAGAUCGUCGUCAUAAUGAUGACUCUGAUGAUGAUUAUAGAAAUAUUAGAAAUCAAAGUGGUAUUAAUAAUAAUAAUAAUAAUAAUAGUAAAAAUAAUAAUAAUAACAAUAGUAGUAAUAAUAAUAACAAUUAUAAUAGUGGAAGUAGUAGUAGUAGAGGAAAUACCAGUAGAAUUAAUACUAAUCGUUAUUAUAGUCAUAAAAGACCAUUAAAAAGAUUUGAACAUGAUGAUGACUCUAUUGAGAGUACAAUUAAAAAUUUUAAUAUAAAUGAAUCAAUAAUUGAACCACUACCUUUAAAUACUAUUAAAUCUAUAGAGGAGUUUAAUUUAAAGGAUGACUCAACACCAACUACUAAUACUAAUAAUAAUAAUAAUAAUAAUAAUAAUAAUAAUAAUAAUAAUAAUAAUAAUGUUGAUGAUAGUACUAAUAAUGAUGAUUCAAAUAAUACUAAUAAUAAUAAAAAUAAUAAAAAUAAUAAUGAUGAAAACGAAGAUAAGGAUAAAAGUAAUAAUGGCAAAAAUAAUGUUUACACAGAUAAACAAACCAAAGAAUAUAUUUCACAUCUAUCAACUUCUCCAAAAUCAACAAUACCGUCUUCAUCAUCAUCAUCAUCAUCAUCAUCAUCAUCAUCAUCAUCAUCUACCAACAAUAUACCAACAGCAGCAGAGAAUCAAAUUAAAAAGAAAAAUAACAAUAAUAAUAUCAAUAGUAACAACAAUACAAACAGUAAUACUAUUAAUAAUUCCUUUAGUUCAAACCUAAAAAUUAAUAAAACUCCAAUCAAUACACAUAAAACACAAUCAUCUAAAUUCUCACUUACCCCAUCAUUUUUAGCCAACAACAACAACAUCAACAGCAACAACAACAACAGCAACAACAAUAAUAAUAAUAUUAAUAACAACACUAUUAAUAACAAUAGUUAUGGUAGUUAUAAUUCUGGUUAUUCAAGUAGUUCUUUUAAUAUAGCUAGUAAUAACACUUUUAAGUACAAUAGUACUGGUGGUGGUGUUGGCAGCGGUAAUAUUAGUGCCACUAACGUCAAUACCAAUAUUGGUACUAUUAAUAGUCUCAAUAGUAAUAAUUUAAUUAAUUCAGCAUCAAUAAAUAGUCCUAUGGCAUUCAGUCAACCAACCAUAUUGUAUCCAAAUUAUUUUCCAACACCAAUGGCACCAUAUGACCCAAAUCAAUUUUAUUUACAAUAUUCAAACUUUAUGAACCAACAAUUCAUACAGCAACACCAACAACAGUUUCAAUAUCAGUAUCAUCAUCAAGCCCAACAACAACAACAAUAUCAAUAUCAAGCCCAACAGCAACAACAACAACAACAACAACAACAACUUCAACAACAGCAAAAACAAAUUCAACAAUCAAAACAACAACAAGCUCAACAACAAGCCCAACAACAACAACAAGCCCAUCAACAAGUCCAACAACAAGCACAACAACAAUCACAACCACAAAAACAACAAUCACAACAACAAUCACAACAACAACAACAACAAGCACAACAACAAUCACAACAACAAAUUAAUCAAGAAAUUUUGGAACAACAACAAGAUCAAGAAUUAGUACCCUAUUCAAGAAUAUUUAUAAUCUGUAAUAAGAGUAUAACUGAAAAGAAUUUAGAGGAUUGUUUUAAGGUUUAUGGUUCAAUUGAAUCAUGUAGGAUUGUAAUUGAUAAGGAUACCAAUGAAUCAAAAGGAUAUGCAUAUAUAAAGUAUACAAAAACUUCAUCUGCAGCAUUAGCAAUUGAAGAAAUGAAUGGUAAAAUAUUAGAAAUGGAUUCAAGUUGUUCACCAAUUAGAGUAUUGAUAGCCGAAGCAAAGGGUACAAAAACUAAACCAUUACUUUCUUCUGAUCCAGAAGAUCAUCCACCAAAUUCACGUUUAUUCGUGGUUUGUAAUAAAUCAUUAACUGAACAAGAGUUGAAAAAUAAAUUCAAAGAGUUUGGUAAUUUAGAAAAUGUUAGAUUAAUUCGUGAAAAGAGUACAAAUGAUUCAAAGGGUUGUGCUUUCAUUAAGUUUUCAAAAGCAUCAACUGCUGCAAUCGCAAUGGAAUCAAUCAAUAUCUCAAAUACUGGUGAAGAAUAUCCAUUAAAAGUUUUCAUUGCUCAACCUAAAGUUAAAUAUAAUAAAUCAAAUCAACCAACCGGAGCAAAUACAACAACAACUACUACCACCACUAAUACUAAUACUAAUAAUAAUAAUAAUAAUAAUAAUAAUAGUACAAAUUUAAAUCAAUCAAAAGUACCAACAACAACAACAACUAAUACUAAUAAUAAUAAUAAUAAUAAUAAUAAUAAUAAUAAUAGUACAAAUUUAAAUCAAUCAAAAGUACCAACAAAUGAAUCUUCAUCAACACUUACAGCAUCUAAUGACACAAUAAUUAAAAAUUUUAGAAGUUUUGAAAUUGAUAGGUCACCUACAAUAAAAAAAAAUAAAGAAAAAGAAAUUAUUAAAAACAAUCAUGACAAUGACAAUGAAAAUGAAAAUAAAAAUGAAAAUGAAAAGGAAAAUGACAACCAAAAUGAAAAGGAAAAUGAGAAUGAAAAUGAAAAUAAAAAUAAAAAUGAAAAUAAAAAUGAAAAUGAAAUAAAAAAUGAAAAUGAAAAUGAAAAUGAAAAUGAAAAUGAAAAUGAAAAUGAAAAUGAAAAUGAAAAUAAAAAUGAAAAUGAAAAUGAAAAAGAAAAUGAAAAUGAAAAUAAAAAUAAAAAUGAAAAUGUAAAUGAAAAUAAAAAUGAACAAGAGGAAGAAAAAGAAAAUAAUAAUAAUAAUAAUAAUAAUAAUAAUAAUAAUAAUAAUAAUAAUAAUAAUAAUAAUAAUAAUAAUAAUAAUAAUAGAAAACAAAAAAAUAUUUCUGAACAAAAAGAUAAUCCUAAAAAUGAAUUAUUAAUUGGAAUUGAAAAUAAAGAAAAGAAAAUAAUUGUAAAUAGUAAUUUAGAGAAUGACCAAGAUGAAAAUAGUAUAGUUGGUAAUCUUAGUUCAAUUUCAGAGGUUUUACCAGUAAGUUAUGUUGAUUAUCCAAAUCCUUAUGCUUUACCUGUUUCUCGUCAAAGAUUAUUUGUGGUUUGUCAUAAAUCAAUUUCACAAGAGAAUCUUUAUCGUUUAUUCUCUCGUUAUCCUGGUAUGGAAUAUUGUGAUUUGAAAAAAGAUAAAAACACAGGAAAAUCAAAGGGUUUUGCUUAUGUUAACUAUAGUAGUCCUCAAGCUGCUCUUUUAGCAAAAAAUGAUUUAAAUGGAAUUAAAUAUCCAACUAGUCAUACUUUAAAAGUUGUUUUCGCUGAACCAUUAGGUAUAAAACAGAUUAAUAAUAACUUUAAUAAUAAUUUACUUCCACCAACCCAAAUUUUCCCACAAAAACCAACUCAACUUUUACAAAAUACAAAUAAUAAUUAUAAUAAUAUUAAUAAUAAUAAUAAUAUUAAUAAUAAUAAUAAAAAUAAUAAUAAUAAUGUAGUAAAAACUCAAAAUAAUAAUAUUAUUCAAAAUAAUAUUAAUAAUAAUAAUAAUAAAAACUUGAAUAAUAACAUUGGUAAUAAUGACAAAAAUGAUGAUAAUAAUAAAUUAAACAAAAAUGAUAAUAUAAAUAAAAAUUAUAAUAACAAUAAUAAUGAAAAUGAUACCAAUAAUAGUGAAGAUGAAAAUGUUGGUAAUAAUACUAGUAGUGAUACAGAUAGCAAUGAAAAAGUUAAUGAAAAUCAAGAUGGGAAUGAAAGUUUUGAAAAUGAAGAAAUAGAUAGUAAUGAUGGUGAAAGUAAUGAAGAUGGUGAUCAUUUAGUAUCCUCCAUUCAAAAUAGUUUUGCGCAAAUGCCUUCAAUUAAAAGAAAUAGUAAUGAUGCUAGAAAGAGACAAAAAAUAAAUAUUUAA